CAGUGCCACGUCAGCAGUGCCACAUCAGCAGUGCCACGUAAUCAGCAGUGCCACGUCAGCAACAUGACGGGCCUGCCAGGCCAACUGGCSAAUGAGACCAUUGCCGCCUACAAGCAGCGUUGCCUGGCUCAGAUAGAGGCUGAGGAACAACGCCUGUUGGCAGUCGAGGCUGCCCGCGUACAGGCUGAAGAGGCAGCAGCAGCAGAGAAGCUGCGGCUACAGGCCGAUGCAGACGCAGAUUCCCAGGCUCGCCGAAAGGAAGCCCAGGAUCUGCUACAGCGGCAUGAAGCCACAAGCAUUGACAGACUCAAGUUCUGGCAUUUUGAACCGAACGGCGACGAGGCAACACCGGAAGAGCAGCAUAAGGAGUUCCUCUCCAAACUCGUGACACGGUUGCUGUAUGCUUGCAACUACCAACGGUCAGAGUUGGAGAGACAGUACCAGGACCUGACGCAACAGCAUCAGGAGUUAACGACGCUCCGCCGCACAGUGCAGAUCCACGAGGAUGCAACUCGGGCACUCAAUGCCCGAUUGCUGGACCUGGAACAGGCUUUACCAGGACCAACUGCUGGGGCUUCCAGCAGUGCACCCUCUAGCUGCCAACUGGAGGAACGCGUUGACCACAUCCUGGCAAUGCUCGACGACAUUAACACCUUCGCUGCGCUGUCCAUUAUCAGCACUCAGCUGCAUACCUUGAAGACCGAGGUCCAACAGCUGCAAUCGACGAACGCAGAUGGCAAUCAGAAGAUGCCAACUUUCCAACUGGAAAAGUUCGACGACUACACGCAGCAGGAUCCGACCCUCUGGUGGGAGGCAUUCACGACGCAACUCAGGAUUCUGCCUGUCGCUAAGCACAAGUACAUCGGCGCCCUGUUCCUAAACUCAAAGGGCGGAUGCCAGACCUGGUUGACCCACCUGGCAACCUCCCACGCCGUCGACGUACCGGACCUCAAGGACAAGAUCACAUGGGAAGAACUGACACGGCUGUGGAAGAAGCGGUUCAUCGUUGACGACGCGCCGACACUCGCCAUCAACCGUUUGUUCACCAUGUCACAGGGCAACACUUCAACACGGGAUUGGCUCACAGAGUGGCAGAAGAUUGCGGCAGUGCCCAAUAUGGACCUGCCUUUCACUCAUCUCAGGCGUGAGUUCUACAACAGGUCCUGUGCUGCAUUGAGCCAGGCUCUUGGUGAUCGCGAGCAGUACGCCACCUUCGCCGAGAUUAUCGACAAGGCGCGAGAGAUCAUCAAGACCAACAGGUCAGCUGCACACGAGAAAUCAGCAUGGCAGCCGACCUUUGUGGAGAAGGUACGAACUGGUCCGCGACAGCAACACUUCGCUGCAGUCCAGCAGGACAGUGGGGAUAACCCAACAGCUACUCCAGCAUCAAGUGAUGGAGAUCAGAUGGCUGUUGUCCAGCCGCGAAGCACCAACAAGUCCCGCAACAAUGGGAAGGCGAAAUCUGCAUCGCAGGCCGAAAAUGGACAGCCAGGACAGUUUCCAUGGGUCUUUGGCUUGACCGAGGUGGAGUACAAACUCGGGAAACUGAGCUUCGCGGAAGGUGAGGCGACUCCACCUUCCACUCCGCCAGAAUCAGCCGCCUUGCUAGCAGCCUCCUGCACAUCUGGGGAGGAUGCGAAUGUCGCAAGUCCUCGGUAUACUUACGAGGAUUAUGCUGUCCACUUGGUUCCACUGCUGGACCAACCGCUCCACGUGCAACAGUCCACCGCAUGCACGGUUUCAUCACCAUCGGCAACCGAUUCGGCAGCUUCGCCGCAAUCUAUCGCUGGGGGUUCGACGUCAUGGUCAAGACUUGAUGAGCUCGACCCGUUGACGUUCACAGACUUCCAGUGGAUGCCCGUUCCCUCGACCGGGCGAUUGUCGAAACCGCAUUGCAACGUGCUUAUGGCACAAUUGCGGGACUACUUGCACACUGCAGUACCAGCUCCGUUGAUGGACGCCAGAGUAGAGGUUGUCGAUCUUCAUGUUUACAUCGUGAAGAUCGACCGCGAGUUCAAGACGCAACGGUACAACGACAUUGACGCACCAUUGCUAUACGUACGCAUUCAGAUCGGAGAGGCGACCUGCAGUGCCUUGAUCGAUUGCGGAGCAUCUCGAAACUACAUCAGCCAGGACUUCAUGGUAUGCGCUGGCCUUAGCCCACAUGUUCAGAGGAAGUCCCAGCCUACGCAAGUCACUCUAGCAGACGGUCAUACGCACAAGUCCAUCGACCGGUGCAUUGACGCCGUCCCAGUGUACUUUGCCCCUCACGCAAGUGAGGCGGUGUCCUUUGACAUUCUGGACACCAAAUUCGACAUGAUCUUGGGCAUGUCAUGGCUGCGAAGCGAGGAUCACCCGGUGAACUUCUUCAACCGCACCGUUCACAUUCGUGAUCGGAACAGAGUAUUAGUUCCAUGCACGGUGCCUCUUCCUCAUCCUUCGAUCAGCUGUCACGUGGUAUCCGCCACAAGCAUGCGAGCUUCCAUCAUCAUAGACGACAUCGAGGAGAUGGGGGUGUGUUUUCUCCACGCCCUCCCACCACAUGACGCUUCAUCGACGGACUCACCUUCGGAUCYACGCAUCACCAAACUUCUCGACGCCUACAGCGACGUGUUCGAAGGCCCGCACGGAGUAGUACCGGAUCGACCCAUCCGCCACGAGAUCAUCCUCGAGGACGGGACCGUACCUCCGCGCAGUUGCAUCUACCGAAUGAGCGAGGAAGAGUUAAGUGUGCUUCGGGCACAACUCGACGACCUUCUGGAGAAAGGCUGGAUUCAGCCUAGCUCAUCGCCAUACGGUGCUCCUGUUCUCUUCGUCCGGAAGAAAAACAAGGACCUGCGGUUGUGCAUCGAUUAUCGCAAGUUCAAUGCGCAGACGAUCAGGAACGUCGGCCCUCUCCCACGCAUCGACGACCUUCUCGAGCGAUUGGGCGGCGCCCAGUUCUUCUCCAAGCUAGAUCUCAAGUCAGGGUACCACCAACUCGAGAUUCGCAAGGAGGACCGUUACAAGACCACAUUCAAGACACGGUAUGGGCAUUUCGAAUGGCUGGUUAUGCCAUUUGGCCUUACGAAUGCCCCAGCCACUUUCCAAGCGGCUAUGWCWACGGAGUUCCGACACAUGCUGGAUCGAUACGUACUUAUCUAUCUCGACGACAUCCUGGUAUACAGCCGGAGUUUGGAGGAGCAUGUGGAACACCUGCGCACCGUAUCGACGGCUGGAGUGGGUGCGAACACUUGUGCAUCGAACCACGUCGGUGCCGCGACCGUCGGACAAAUGUCCGUGAGUCGGGUGGGAGUGGCGGGGUUAGGUGGAAGAUCCUCCCGUGUGGGUGGCACGAAAGAUGGGUGUCGUCCAACACCCUCCAUUUGUGGAGGCGUGGGACCAGGUGGCGAUCCGCCGAGGGCACUGUUACCCACCCACUCCACGAUGCCUUCACCUGCACUGCGCAAGACGGCGGCCGUACAGGCGCCGAACAGCAGCACUUCUCCACCGGAAGAAAUUGGGAGGCAGCGGUGGGAGUCCUGUCGCCAACAGAUGCGCCGAGCAUCCGCUGAUAACAUAACGAACUGGGUGUCGAGGAUGCGUGUGGGGAGUGAUGCCGAUGCGGACGACACCCAGAGGGCGAGUGGUGAAGAAUCUCCAGAUUCCAUUGCGAGGAGGAAGCAGAAGAUGCGGAAGACUUGGAGAUUCGACCUAUUGGUGUGCGUGGUGGACGGAGGGGUGGAUGAGGACGUCAACAGAAGGCCGCGUCACGUGGUGGUCGUGGAUCGAAGGGUCCUGCGGGCGAAUAGGGCAGCAAACAUCCAGUUGGGAGUGUUGAGGAGAUGGUCAAGCUCGCUCGAGCGAAGCGGGAUCAGCAAGCUCAUUUCGACAGAAUGCCGCACAACUACGGCCACAUACGCAACAGGGAAUGGAAGCAGCACGACCUGCAGAAGCGAGAGGGCUUCAACUUCUGAAUGGAUGAUGGAUCAGCCGCAUCAGCGAGUGUACCUUGAGAUCGACAAGAUGUCUCAACGCAAUAAGACCAUCUACCCGGAUAACCUCGCCGACACAAGCGCUCGGGGAGGAGUGCAGAUGUCGGGGGAUACUCAACCUCAACCAUCCCUUGCAGGAGAAUCCGUUGUCGGGGGAGAUGUGGGUAAUGGCAACGACGAAGAUGGAGGGUCGGCACGGGAGUCCGGGUUCAGCGCAGGCAGCAUGGGCGGCACUGGCAAGAGAAAGAACAUGCGCCAGCAAACGUUUGACGCCAUCGCCGAAGUAAUGGAGACACACGGUGCAUUGAUGGCGGACACUGUAGAGGGGCCAAGCAAGUGGCAGUGUAGCAUCCUGGAGCGGCAGUGCGACAUACUCGAGCGCGAGGUCAACGCUCAGAAGCGGCACUGCGAGGCAUCCGACGAGGCGAACUCAAUGAUGUGCACUGCAUUGUUGGAGAUCGCUAAAGCAAUGAGGGAGAGGUUGUGACGCCUCCUGAAGUCCUGCAUUUGUGUACAUUCUUCCGCAGGACCCUCCUCAUGUGCAUGCAUGUC